AUGGAGCUAUACAGAGAUGCUAGCUGGGUGUUAGAGUUUAUAGAAGCCGAGGAAAAACGUGGCCAAGUUGCUGGGUCUCUUCAGACGCUUGUGUUUAAGAGCUGUAAGCGCUUUAAGUUGAAGACAAAUCCGAAGCACAUUUAUGCUAUGGUGCACUCCUGCUGGGGCUACAGAUCAUUUAUAGAGACCAUCAUGGCUAAAAGUGGUAUUAUGACGGGCAUACCUGAAAAAAAGGGCCGGAAAGUGUUUAAUAGGCUGACAAUUAUGCUUCUGGUACAUGAUAUGCUGUUUUCGAAGAGUAAACGGAUUCAAAUGGGUAAACAUCCCAUCAAAACCUUUGUGGUGAAGCACAAGACGCGAUUACAGAGUGAACUUGCACGUUUGAAAAUCAAGCAUGGAGUGCGAGACUUGAAAGAAUUGGUGAAAGACGACAGAGUGGAUAGAACUCCGGUUCGAUGGAUUCGUUUGAAUCUGGUUAAAUGUGCGGAUCAAAUAGACGAUGUGAUCGCGGAAUUGAAGCGGAAAUUUAAGAACGAAGUCAACGACUGGCGUGACAUCGUUCCCGGGUCGUUGUAUCGGGACGUUUACGUCCCACUUUUGUUCGGUGUUCAUCCCACGGACAAGAUCACUUCGCAUGAACUUUACAAGACGGGUAAAAUCAUUAUUCAGGAUCGAGCGUCGUGUUUCCCAGCGCAUAUACUGCAUCCUACUGGGGACGACGUUGUGAUUGACGCCUGUGCAGCACCAGGUAACAAGACUACGCACGUUGCUAGCUACAUGUUUGCUAAGGAAGAACCCACUAGUGUCAAGAUACAUGCCUUUGAAAAGGAUCCGGAGCGUGCCAAGACGUUGCGGACCAUGAUCAAAACUGCGGGUGUGGACCAGGGGAUUGAUGUGCAUGUGGGGGAUUUCACCAAGUUGGCUAAACCUGACAUUUUCCCUAACGUUACUGGGUUUAUAUUGGAUCCCAGCUGUUCGGGCAGUGGUAUCUUUGGCAGGCAAAUGAUAGACGAUAUCAACACCAACAAACGCGAUGAUUCGACUACCGUGGAGCAACAACCCGAAGAAAUCACGGAUGUGAAUUUGAAAACCAGACUUUCUAAACUAUCUUCAUUCCAAUUCGAAAUUGUGAAGUACGCCAUGUCCUUCCCUUCCGCUAAGAAACUCGUGUACAGUACAUGUUCAAUUCAUCCUGAGGAAAACGAGCGGAUUGUGAUUGAUUUGUUGUUGGAUGCCAAAGUUCAAGAAUGGGGUUGGAAAGUUCGUCAAAGGUCGGGUGUGAUGCCGGAUUGGCCUCGAAGAGGGCUCGUAGAGGAAUUCGACGACGUGUUCAGAGACCAAAAAGAGGCAUUAAGUUUAGCAGAAUCCUGCAUACGAGUAAUGCCAAAAGAAGACGGCGGCAUUGGGUUUUUCGCAGUUUGUUUCGAGCGUGAUUAA